UUCGUAUAAUAAAUACGUUUAAAAUCAUCAAAUGUCACUAUUUCCUGCGUAUACCAAUGUUGUGCAAGAUCUAAGAAACGAUGAAGGGCCAGAAGAUACUCCGACCACCUCGUCUACAUGGUUGGCCAACAGCAGUUUUCCUUUAGAAAACGAUGAUAUAAAAAAUUUGGAAAAUGUUGAUAUAAUUGAAUCAAGUACUUCAUCUAGCGAAAAUGAAGUUGAACUCUCGCAAUCAUCGCAUCAAAAAAAGAAAAAGCAUAAAAGGAGUAAGAAGAGAAGAAAACUCGAGCAUGAUUGUGAAAUUAAAUUAAUAGCCCCAGUGUUGGAAUUUAGUGGCAAUGAGGAGUACUACAUAGAUAAAUCUAAGACGAAACAAUUCCUUUCUAUACGUACUUUGCAUAAACCCGCAUGUCCUCGGUACAGGCAUUCAUUUGGCCACAUUUUGGGAGCUAGAUUUUGGCACAAUUCAAAUGCCAACAAAAAGUCUAGUAAACGCUAUUUUCUAGCAAAGGUAAAAGCUUCCAGUGAUCAAAAUUAUAGUUCAGUUUUACCUCUAGACGAAAAUGAAUAUAAUGCACGAAUGGGUCAAUUGAAUCGAAAAACAUUGGAGGCCUCUUGCGAUGUGCAAGUCUGGCUCGACUUAUUGUCAUUGCAGGAUCAAAAUCCAUACAAAUGGUCACGACUUUUGCUAGCUGAGAGAAAAUUGGACAUUAUAAAUCGUGCAUUAGCUCGCUUUCAAUGCAAUGAGCAAUUAUAUGAACAAUACAUUGAUAUUAUUAACGUCACCUAUCCUUCCUUUGAAGUGACAAAAAUGUUGGAUCGCUUGUUGCAAAAAGACCUUUAUAGCUACACAUUAUGGACGGCGCAGAUAAUGACAACCCAAGGUUCGAUGGCAAGAUGUAUCGUGCCGGACGUACUUCGUAUCUACGAGCGUUGCAUGUCUAAAAUGCAUCACGCCAAGCAAAUGAGCACACAAUCCUUGGCAUUAGAGAACCGUGAUUCAGAUAAUGUAAUGCUGCGUUUAUUCAAUAAUUGCGCACUUUUCCUUCGGCAAGCGGGGUUGUAUGAGCAAUUCAUUGCAUUGUUAAAGCUUGCUCUUGAACUAAAUGUUUCAACAGAUCAUUUUAAAGCAUUUGCUCCCUUGGAAACUGACCAAAACACACUAAUUGAAUUCGAAGAACUUGUUUUGCAAUCAGGGUUACCUAUGAACGAGAUAUGGCUUCGUGUCGAAAAACUGAGGCAAGGUUUUAAUUUUUUGCCUUUCCCAGAUAAGAUUAAAUGCAAUGAUCCACAACGUAUCGUGUUCAACGAAGAUAUUUGCCACUAUAUCUAUCCGUUAAAUUCGCGAGACAAUGCUUUCUACCUGAUACUGCUAAUUUUACGGUUACUUAAAGUACCCUUUAUUCAGUGUGAAGGAAUGGCAGAAAGGUUUAGCGCACAUCUGGAACAAAUCGGAGAGUCCGAUGCAAUUGAAGAUACAUUAACAGUUUGUAUUCAACGGAAUUUCGCAAUUUCACAGGAGCUACAAAGAGAAUUUCAAAAAGGAAUUUACACACUAGCUAAGGAAAUGGCUGUAAGUCCUACAUUUUUAAGUAGCACCAUCGGCCAUGACAUCUACAUUCGUUGCAUCAGUAAUUUCCUACUCGAAUGUGCUGCAACCUAUUCAAAUAUUGAUAAACGAAAGCGCGAUCUCUUUAUUGUACUCUGGUGCCGUUUUGAGCGAUUACUGUUGAUUCUCGAACGAUGUGGUUCCAAAAUGAAUAGUGAAUAUAUAAAAGAGGGGCGAAAGCGCUUUAAAAAUCUACUUAAGCAGUCACCUAAUCGCAACGUUUUGCUUUUAUAUACUGAAUUUGCCAUUUACGAAUUUGAAUCUUUAGAUCAAUCUAAAAAUAUGGACUCAGUAACGCACAUAUUUGAAAACCUAAUUGCCUCACAUUCCGCAGACGAAACACAAGCAUCAGAUUUAUGUUACACCUACGUUACAUUCGCGGAAAUGCUUAUCGGGAAUGGGAGGCAAAGCAACGCAUUGCAAAUACUGAUAUCUUAUGCUUUAGGUAGCAAGAGCCAAAAUGAUGAAUCAAUUGGAUCUGGAAAAAAGCUUGCAGCACUACAAAAGAUCACGGAAAAGUUAGAGCAAUACAUUGCAAUCGAAAAAAACGUUGAAGUCAUGGUACUGGAGCAGUAUUUAUUGCCUGAUUAUACUGUAUCGUUGUUGAAGGUGCGCGUGCUAAUCCAAUGCCUUAUUGGACAAAAAUUGGAUGCAAUAAAAUAUAUGAAUAAACUACUAAAUAUAUUUCGUGGUAUCAAUGAUAGGCAUAGGUUUCUACGUGAACAAAUUCUGGAGCUAUACGUGGCUGCACUGCAAAUAACUUGCCCAAAUUGUGUUGUGCCAAACGCAUUAGUGCGUGACAAAGUUUUUGCUGCUCUCGCUGAGUUUCCUCGGAACCUAUUUCUCCUGCAACAUUGUGGCAUGUUGAGCUCACAGCCUUGGUUUCGAAUAAGAACUGCUUUUCUUCGUGCCAAACCGACGAUAUUGUCAGUGACAUUUUUAAUUGUUUUAGCGCGUUAUCGGUUCCUUAAGAUGAACACCGAUGAGUUAUUUGCAAAUGAUGGUAUAUAUGUUAUUGAAUGGGAUAAGCGAUGUAAUGAAUUAAUCAUACGUAAUCGUAUUCUGCACGUUUUUCAAACAUUGUCAAAUGAUAACCUGACUCAAUCAAAAACGAGAAGGACAUUGCUAAGGAAUGCUCUCUUUUGGCGAUUAUAUAUCCGAUUUUUAUCUGACCAGUGCACUGAUUUUGAGACGAGCAAAAGGUGUCUUUUGACUGCUUUAGAUGAAUGCCCGUGGAGUAAAGCGCUAUACCUGGAUGGUGCGACAUAUGUGCCACAAGAGUUGACUCAUUUGCAGGACCUAAUUAUUGAAAAGCAGCUGCGGAUAUACGCACUGCCCGAAGAGCUUGAGAUUCUACGUGGAACUUGAACGAUUGAUUACUCUAGCAGCCAACGCUCAAACAUACCUUUAGUACUGAUAUUCAUAACAGUCACUAAAUAAUAAUAAUAAAUACAUACAUACAUAUAGUUUAUGUAAAUACAUUUAUGCCUGUUAUUUUAUUUAUGCAAUUUGCAUAUUUACUGCA